AUGAGUAUGGAAGAAAAUGUUUCCACAGAGUGGCUGUACACUCUCACAGAUUAUGACGACUAUCAAAACCUUCCAACACCUUGCAGCAAGGAAUCCAUUGAAGAGUUUGGAAAAUAUUUUCUACCAUCAUUAUACUGCCUGGUGUUUAUGUUUGGCCUUGUGGGCAACAUUCUGGUGGUUUUGGUACUUGCACAAUAUAAAAAACUGAAGAGCACAACAGAUGUUUAUAUUCUAAACCUUGCUAUUUCUGACUUAAUAUUUGUUUUCUCACUUCCCUUUUGGGCAUACUAUGCCAAGGAACAAUGGGUUUUUGGGAAUAGUUUAUGCAAGGUCAUUUCAGCAAUAUAUCGAAUUGGUUUUUACUCUGGCAUUUUCUUUAUAACACUUAUGAGUAUGGAUCGGUAUCUGGCUAUUGUUCAUGCUAUCUUUGCAAAUAGUAUAAGAACAGUGUCAUUUGGUGUAAUCACUAGUAUUGUAGCUUGGGCAGCAGCACUUAUAGUUUCAAUACCAGAUCUUAUAUUUUAUAGAGAGUACCAUGAGCAGAAUACAAAUCACACGAGCUGCAAACUGAGUUAUCCAGAGCCAGUUAAAACGUGGACACUUGUAUACAGUUUACAAAUUAAUAUCCUUGGAAUGGUGGUUCCAGUGAUGGUCAUGACAUUUUGUUAUUUGAUGAUAAUUAAAACUUUGUUGAGGUGUAAGAAUGAAAAAAAGAUCAAGGCUGUAAAACUGAUUUUUGUUGUUAUGGUUGUUUUUCUUUUAUUCUGGGUUCCUUAUAAUGUGGUUCUUUUUAUUAAAUCUGUGCUACCUGAAGCUAUAAUUACCAGCUGUGCAGCAAGUAAAAAUUUAGAUUAUUUAUUUCAAGUGACAGAAACUAUCUCUUUUAUUCAUUGUUGCCUUAAUCCAAUCAUAUAUGUCUUUCUUGGGGAAAAGUUCAAAACAUAUUUGCAAUUGUUUCUACAGAAAUGUUGCAUGCAUUUACAUCUUUAUAAAGUUUGUAGAUUUUCCCAUAAAACUGCCUUUGAAUCUGUUCAUACUUCAUUUACACCUUCCACAAGUGAGCAGGAAAUCAGCAAUGCCAUGUAAAAAAAAUAAAAAUAAAAAUAAAAAUCAUGCUUUGUGAAUAAUAAUAUUAAA